CACGUGAGCUUCUAUCACAUAAUCAACAUCGUUUCGCCAAGUCCAGAAUACACGCGUUGGUUAGAUGAUGCACCAUCUUGAGGACCGAAGCGACUGCAUCAUCUUCACUCCGACAUUCACACCGCAACCAUGGGCCACCACAAUCGGCAUUUUGGGGGCGAUCUCCAUGCCAAUGCCGGGAUUUGGAGCCCUUCAACCAGCGCCGCCAACUUCUGCGAAGAGGAUUACGCCAUGACUCGGUACAUCGCCGAGUUCAUCAAUUCCCUAACCAACCUCGCAUACAUAUACCUAGGCCUUCGACAUCCCCAGUCCCAGCACGCACCACCAUCCCCAUCCCCCAUCCCCGACCUCAUGUCCGCCUCCCUCCUCCUCGUCGGCGUCACCUCCUUCAUGUUCCACGCCACCCUCCGCCAGACAUUCCAGCUCUCAGACGACGUGUCCAUGCUCCUCCUCGCCGCCGCGAUCCUGCAGGCACUAUACUGCAACGGCCAACCGGCUGCCAGGGCCCGGCUCACCACGGGCGCCAUCUACGCGUGCGUGUGCGCCAUGUCCGCCGUGUACGUCCGGAGCGGCGACGUCCGCGUCCAUGCGUGCAUGUUCGCGGGCUUGCUCCAGCUCGUUUGGCCGCGGACGCUGUAUCUCGUCUGUCGUCGCGAGGGGUCUGAUCCAGCGAGGGCUUUGCAGCUUCGGGGGUUUCGGAGGGCGGUCGGCACGCUGGUGUUCGCGCUUGGGGUGUGGUAUGUAGACCUUGAGUGGUGCGCGGAGCUGAGGAGGCUGCGAGAGGCUGUCGGCCUUCCUUGGGCUUGGUUGUUGGAGUUGCAUGGCUGGUGGCAUGUAUUGACGGCUGUCGGUGCUGCUACUUACAUCGACCUGGUUCGGGAUUUGUGUGGGUAGGACAAGCCUGUGUCGGGGUGAUGGGUGAGUAAAUGGGUACUGUUGGGUCUGGUCUAAGCCAAAAUCCUUUGGAGCAAGAAGUAUCACACACAAGUCUUACACAUCUUCGGGAGGAUGAUCUAUGCGUGAUGAAGUCGCAUCAGCUCGACACCAAUCUCUACGUCUUUCUCGUCAACCGAGCCAAAGACACAACACGGACCAGCCCCCAAGUGACUGGAAGUCACCCACCAACCCCUGAAUGA